CAGCGUGGGGCGGCGGCGGCGGCGGGGGCGCGGCCAUGGCGGAGUCUCCGGAGCGGCUGCGGCGGCGGGUGGAGGAGCUGGAGCGCCAGCUGGCGCGGGAGAGGAGCCUGCGGGGCGCGGGCGGCGACGGGGGAGGCCGGACCCGCAUCGAGAAGAUGAGCCCGGAGGUGGUGGGCUCCAACCCCUACAGCCGCCUGAUGGCAUUGAAACGAAUGGGGAUUGUAAGCGACUAUGAGAAAAUUCGGACCUUCUCGGUGGCAGUAGUAGGUGUGGGUGGAGUUGGCAGUGUGACUGCUGAAAUGCUGGCACGGUGUGGCAUUGGUAAGCUGCUCCUCUUUGACUAUGACAAGGUGGAACUGGCCAAUAUGAAUAGACUCUUCUUCCAACCCCACCAAGCAGGCCUGAGUAAAGUUGAAGCAGCAGAACAUACACUGAGGAACAUUAAUCCUGAUGUUCUCUUUGAAGUACACAACUACAAUAUAACCACAGUAGAAAAUUUUCAACAUUUCAUGGAUAGAAUAAGUAAUGGUGGAUUAGAAGAGGGAACACCUGUUGACCUGGUUCUUAGUUGUGUGGACAAUUUUGAAGCACGGAUGGCAAUAAAUACAGCUUGUAAUGAACUGGGACAAACAUGGCUGGAGUCUGGAGUCAGUGAAAACGCAGUUUCAGGACACAUCCAACUAAUGAUUCCUGGAGAAUCUGCUUGUUUUGCGUGUGCUCCACCGCUUGUAGUUGCUGCAAAUAUUGAUGAAAAGACCCUGAAACGAGAAGGUGUCUGUGCAGCCAGCCUUCCUACAACCAUGGGUGUAGUCGCUGGGAUCUUGGUUCAAAAUGUGUUAAAGUUUUUGUUAAAUUUUGGUACUGUGAGUUUCUACCUUGGAUACAAUGCAAUGCAGGACUUCUUCCCCACUAUGUCCAUGAAGCCAAACCCUCAGUGUGAUGACAGGAAUUGCAGAAAGCAGCAGGAGGAAUACAAGAAAAAGGUGGCAGCACUUCCGAAACAGGAGGUUGUUCAAGAAGAGGAGGAAAUAAUACAUGAAGACAAUGAGUGGGGUAUUGAGUUGGUAUCUGAGGUUUCAGAAGAGGAACUGAAAAAUUCUUCAGGCCCAGUUCCGGAUCUACCUGAAGGAAUUACAGUGGCAUAUACAAUUCCCAAAAAGCAGGACGAUUCUGUACCUGAGGUAACAGUAGAAGAUUCCGGUGAAAGCUUGGAGGACCUCAUGGCCAAGAUGAGGAAUAUGUAGAUAACAAGCUGCAUGAACCUAUGUUUUAUUUCAUGUAUUUACACUUAUCUAAGAACUUUCCCCCUUGCGAUUAAAAACAAAUCAUUUUAAAACUGACAAAAGUUAGGGCAGUGCCAAUCAAUAUAUUAAAUCUUCACUGAAUUAUUAUACUUUUGACAAAAUACUGUGACUAUUGCUUAUUACUUUGUACCCUUUAACUAAGUCAACUCCUAAAACUCGUACUUCAUUUUAACAAGAAAAAAAUUUUUAAAUGCUGCAGACACUUACAAGUCUUAUUGAAAACUUAACUCAUUGAAAUGUUUUGACCUUUCUGGGAGGAGCAGGAAGAAACUAAUCGCUAUUAUAUAUUCCUUUUCUUUUUUUGUACAGAGACAGAGAAAGGCAGAGAGAUACGGAGAGAGAGUGGAAGGGACCACAGCACUGAAUAUGUGGUGGGGAUCAGGCUCAAACCUGGUCACCCAUGUGGCAAAACGGAGCUUUGUUCAAGUGAGCUGUUUUGUUGGCUGUAACCCUCCUUUUCUUACUAGCAAUCCUUUCUGGUCUGUUGUCCAGGGUCAUGGUCAGUAGUCUUCAGAUACUGGCAAAAGGAGGAGAUAUAACCUAUUGGCUAGAGCCAGCAAAUUCAUUGUGUCUGAAAUUACCAAGUAUAAGGAAACUGUCUACAACUACUAACUUGGUCAAUAGAGAAUUUAAAGUAGUUAACUUACAAAAUAAAAAUGUCUUCUCAAAUACUUCCUGAAAAACUGAAAGGUAGUCACUUAAAGAGUUUAUAUACGUGAAUUAUAUAUUCAAAAAAAGAAAGAAAAGUAAAAGGAUUUUUUUUUUUUUAAUGGGCAGAUAAAGCUACUUUAAGGAAGUACAAAGUAUAUUUCCACACUGACCAAAGAAAAAACAUUACUUCUGUGGAACUUAGAUCUGGAAUCACGUACUUUGAGGAGCACAUGACAAAUAGGCAGAUAGCACACAGAUUAUGCCCAUCAUAUGGACGGCCUUCCAAAUAUUUCACGUAAAUAGAAGUUCUCUAGGUAAUUAGAUAUAACAAGCACUUGUCCUGGGUCAUGGAUGUAAAGAAGCCUAAUCCACUUCUACAAUAACUAGUAAAUAUUCAUUCACCAGAAGAGGAUCAUUUCCCUUGAUCUUAUCACUAAAUCAUAAAUUGAUACAUUGGUUUCUUCACACUUGUACACAAAUGAAGGCUUAGAGAACCUGAAAUAAAUUCCUGAUGGUCUGGAGACCAAUAAAGAACAUGUCUGCAUAACUUUAUUCACAGGCCAUUACUAUGCUUAUCUAGUUUGAUGAUGAUUUUUGCUUUAAAUAUCUACAUUGUAUCUCUAGGUGGGUAAUAUUUAAAAAUUAAAAGCUUAUUAUCUAGGAUCA